CAAGUUUUAGGGCUCUUGGGCCCCCCGGUGAGAUGAUUGAUCUGGGCGGGGAGGAAUUUCUCUGGGCUGGUGUGGAGGCCAUGUCGCUCCUUAAAUGAGAAACCGCCAGUUGUGAGAACGAGUGUGGAAUGAGGCGGGGCCCCUACGACUGCGUGAGAGAUUUCCAUUGUUCCUGUAAGGGGUAGUGAAGAUUCCAAAGGUUUUCGAUGGAGGAAUAAAUUUCCUGCCCAAGAAUUUUUCUCAUCCUCGCGAGCUGGACGAAUGCUGCUAUACUGCUGCUGCUGCGAAAGUGUGAGAUCGAGAUGGCGGAUCUUUUCCAGUAAAUGGGGGGAUGAAGCCGUGGCGAUUUGGCUGCCUGGAUCGAGCUGGCUAGGGUAGAAUCGCGGGGAUUAAUCUCGCGGUGGAGUCCCAAGGAUAUAUAGCCUCGAUCGACAUCGCAGUAGGCAGUAGAAAGCGCCAAUCGAUCCUUUCUUCGUCGUCGAAGACUUUCUUCCAGCGCUUCUUUCUCUGCACGAACUCUUUCUUUUCUUUGAUCUUUCUACCUCAUUCAAAUCUUUCCUCUUCGGCCAUGAAAAGAACGCAUUUUAGCUUCUCGCGUAUGGCGAGGUCCUGGAGUUCCAAAGAUCUAUCACCGAAAUCCAAAGCAAUGGAUCAGCCAGGGGAGAAAUUGUCUGCCAAAACAGGGGAAUCGCUGGACGCCAAGAAAAUCGAGGAGCAGCUAGCGCGGGCAACGGUGCCAAUCGAGGCGCGCAUUGCCGACGUCGAGAAGAUGUGGGAUCUGGAAUUCUCGUCCAUGUCGAGCUACGGGAGCCGCGACCUCGACGUUUGCGCGCUCAAGAGCAGGCUCGAAAUCUCGGGAUUCGACUGCUGCGACGCUACGACUAUAGCACCAAGCGCUGGAAUCGAGUCAUCUUGCAGCGAAAUCGAACAAGGGGAUCCAGAAAUCGCGCAUUGGGAUCAAGAAUCCGGGCAAGCAUGCACAAAGAAAGAAGAAGACCACACCAAAGAUGAAUAUCUUGCCAAGAUCACGAGGCAGCGACGAAGAAAUCACAGCUUGUCCGCGGCAUUGCCUCCAGAUCUGCGCGGCCCAGCCAGCAAUGCCAUCCCUCUAGUGAUGGAAUCCUGCGACCCCUACAACGAUUUUAGGGUUUCCAUGGAGCAAAUGGUGCGCGAGAAUGGAAUUUUCGAGUGGCCCGAGCUCCAGGAGCUGCUCUACUGCUACAUCGCUCUAAAUUCGCCAGACCAGCACGAAUCCAUCAAGCUCGCAUUUGCGGAUUUGGUGGCAGAGCUCCAUCUCGAGGACGACGAUUUCUUCUUCGAUUGCUUGUAGAAAGUGUUUGUUCGUUUUGGAUUGAAAUGGGAAAAAUGUCCCAGCCAUUUGCGUUGAUAUUCUUGAUACGACCAUGGCGGAUGCGGAUGAUAUUUUCCUCGAUUUGCUGGUUUUUCGCGGCAUUUAAAACUUUCCACGGGUGGUGGUGGCUGUUGUAAUCUGGGCAGUGAAUGAGUGGAUCCAUGAAAGCAUUCAUCCA